AUGGACUCGGCGUCAGGCAUUAGCGACUCUGCGUGCGGGUCCACGCAUAAUAGACCGCGCGUCUUCUGCGUGGUCUGCGGAGGCUACAGUGAGGAUCUUAUCCUCCGCAAGUCAGGCCUCAAGUGUGCGAGCUGCGUAGGGAAGUCGUCGAACAAGCACUACGCGAAGUUGCAGAAGCGGCAGGCAAAAAAACUCUUCUCCAAUGCCUUUCCAGCGCAGAGCCCGACUGCCGGCUUAGACACCGCCUCCUCCGUGCAACCCGGAGACAGCAGCCGCACCAAUCACCUUUUCAGCUCUGCUUCCUCGUCGCUACCGCCAGCCAUGGAGGACUACAGCGGCACCACCGGAGUAUCCACGGCGCGCAGCAUCACCUUGCACCCUAUCGAAGAGUACAUCAGCGGCACCUCGGUGUACCGCGCCGCGAUGGAGCAGGCAUGCUACUCCGGCGAGAACGAUCGAAGCGCCGGUGAGGGCGGCAGCGGCGACCGGCAGACACUCAUGAGCGGUGCUGACGGCGUCACCAGAUCCACAUCCGACGUGCUCAGCAAAGUACCGCAAGAGAACACUGCGUCUGGCUCACACACUAACGCCUCCUCCUCGGCUGCUGUCGGCGAUAAUGCUGGAGUUAUGCGUGGAACACCUCCGCCCCUUGUGACUCAACACCAAGAGAGUGGCGGUGUGCGGUGCAGCGACUCAAGAUCGGAGAAGAGCGGUAGAGAUGCUGUCGGCAAGACACAGCGCUGCCGAGAUUCUUCAGGCAUCCCUCCAUCGCCGAUUCCCCACAAGGGCGCAACGAAGAAGGAGCCCGACAAUCAAGCUCCGGCUCUUUGCGACAAGACGGUCCCGUCGCGCCUGCCGCCCCGCAACGGGCCUCGGAUGACCAAGGGCGCGCCGCGUCUGCCACCGCCCGUGGCCGAUGUGAGUAAGGUUUCCGCAGGGCACACGGUCUCUACAAAGUCCAUCAGAAAGGCGAUGGACACCUCCUCGCCGAACGGCGCGACUGCGUCCCCGCCGUCCUCCGCCAUCACGACUGCGUCCGCCGCAGCUUGCUGCGGUGAGGGCCAGCACUUGAUGCCCAAAAGUGGCAACGACGUGUUGCGCGACGCCACCCUGCCACCCGUCGACUCCGCCGCUGACCAGCACCACUCGCACUCCAGUACGCCGCGGGGCGAUGAGGGUGCCACACCAUUAGCAGCGGGCCUUUGCCAAAACCUCGCGCAUCCUCCGCAGGUGCCGCGGGCCUCCAGACAGCCACCGGUGAUGUUCCCGGACGCGAGCGUGGGUCUGCCAGCGCCGCGUGCAGGCAGCUGCGACACAUCCAUCACCUCCUCGGCGAUGGGGCGCGGCCCCGCGUCGCGACCGCCGGCGCUUCACUCGCACGCGGGCAGCAACGGGGGGACGCAGGUCCAACGAGAUUCCCAAGGUGGAGCUCAGCGCUCGAGCGCAGCGCCGGCGCCAGUGUUAAUGCUGCCGAACACGUCGGCGCGGCCCGUAGACGCGCACGGGGCCGCUGGCACAGGAGUGCCGUCGCUGAGUCGUAUGCCAAAUUCCUCAGGGGCUACCGCCGCUGCGCUCGACAGCUCUCAUAGCGUCGGCAGCAGCAGCCGACGCCGGCGCAGCAAGCGAGGCAGCCGCGGAGGCUCCUCCGGCGACUCGGAGUCGGCUUCGUCCAGCGUGUCCAUUGACACCUCCACCAUGGAUUCAUCGUCGCCCUUAGUGGUAUCGCCGGCAACGCCAGAGGCCGUCGCCGGAGAGGACGGUGCUGCCGCCAGUGGGACCGACACGAGGAGAGCGCUGCAAGGCGGCACCAACGCCCUCAAUGCGGGCACGAAGAAGCGGACCAAAAAGGUGUCGAAGUCGGUGGACGGCACAACGAAGAAGGGGGCAGGCGACAGCGCGGGCCACGGGCUUGCGACAACGCCCCUUAGCAGCUAUAUCGAUGCCUUACACAUAACCGUCGAGUCUGUUCAGCCAUCGUUGCUGAACGCACCAGAGACGACGACAUCCGCCCCUUGUGGUGGUGAUGAAGUACCGCAGACCUCAACGAGCUGCAACGACGAGAGUAGCACUACCACAGGUGACACACACAGCCGCUGCGACUCGAUACGCAGUGGCUCCUUCCGCACAAACGACGGCUACCAGCGGCAGGUGUACGUUGCCGGGCAGUCGGGCAACUUCAAGGUGACGCGGCACAUUCGCCAGUGCAGUGGCGGUAGCGAUGUGCUCGCCGGGCGGAGCAGCGCCGUCGGUGUGUCGUCUGCGUCAGGCACGCUCACAGUGAAGCGUCUACGCAGCCGGCAGCAGCACGGCAGCUCGGGCGACACCAUGGGCACUGGCGCGGUGGAGGUGAAGAGGAUUUCGUACCGCCUUGUCAUCAAACACCGCCACAGCGGCGACGUUCUCUUGACCCAGGAGCGGCGUCUCUACACCCAAAUCAUACCCGCUCUUGAGCGGGUGAAGGUGAUCGCGGGCGGAGAGCUGCCGGCGGUGCCGAUGAAGCGGCUGCCAAGUCUGCGUUUUGCCACAGAGGUGUUCACAGAGGAGCGUCGUGCAGAAGUCGAGGCGUUUCUUCAGGCCGUCGCGCUGAGCCCCUUUUAUAUUCGUCACAUCGAAAUAGUGAAGCUACUCGGGCUGGAGCUGUACUUGACCGACGCCGGCGCGGCUGCAGCGACGGGCACCGCAGCGGCGAAAGGCAGCCGCAUCAGCGGAGCUGAUGCUUAUCGGCCCAGCAAAUCACCACGCGCCAUGCACGCCAAAUCAUCGCCGUCGAUGGGCGUCGGCGCCGACAUGGAGGCGACACCGCAGGUACGAAGAGGGUCUGCUAGUGACUCGAAGUAUCUUAAUUGCCACUCAAGAGAUGGCGAGGCCGGCGCUGAAGCGGCUGCGGCGACUGGCUGCGGUGAGGCGGGCACCGGCUGCCUCACAGUGGACGCCCUCAAUGCUUAUUGCUCCUCCACUAUGGGGGGCGUUGGAGGCGGCACCGCUGAUGGCAGGAAUUUCUGCCGCUCGCAGAGCUGCUCCAGCGUGCAGACCUCUUGCUCUUCCGUGGUGCGUCGUCGCAAGCUGGACGAGGUCACCAUGGAGGACCUCGAGCACAUCCAACUCGGUAACCUCAUCGGCCGCGGCACCUUCGGUUCUGUCUACCUGGGACUAGUGCAGACUCAACGUGGCUCGCUGAUGGUGGCCGUGAAGGUGAUGAGGGUCGGCGAGGCGGUAGCGCCGUCGGAGAUGGAGAGCCUUCAACGUGAGCUGGACGUGCUGUGCGCCGCCCGGCACAAGAACAUCAUCCGCUUCCUCGGCAGCUCGCUGAAUACGACGACGCGUGACCUGCGCGUCUUCACGGAAUACGUGGAGUGCGGCACCAUUCGCUCCCUGGUCGACCGCUUCGGCGCCUUGACGAUGCUGGCGAUUCAGCAGUACAUGCAGCAGAUACUGAGUGGCCUGCAGUACCUGCACAGCCUCUCGAUCGCACAUCGCGACAUCAAGGGUGAGAACAUUCUCGUCACCAAAAAUGGCCGCAUCAAGCUCUCCGAUUUUGGCAGCAGUACCGGCGCGCCUUGCAAGGUAGUGACCGCUGCUGAGUCCCCUUCCAAGGGGAGCAGCGGCGGGAGUGCGGACAGCACGGCAAACGGUGGCCUCCCGGUCGGCUCACCGCAGUACAUGGCGCCAGAGGUGAUUCAUGGCACCGUCAAGUCGUUUGCCGCGGUCGACAUCUGGUCACUCGGGUGCGUCGGGAUUGAGAUGAUGGAUCGGCCCAUCUGGUGCGAGAGCCCAUGCACAAACCCGUUCGUCUUUCUCUAUCGCAUCAGCCGUUGCGGGACGCCCCCGCACGGGCUGCCAACGGACGACGAGCUCGCCGCGCUCAAGGCGGAAGGCAAGAAGACGGAAUGCGAGGGCUUCUCCGUGUAUCUGGAAUUUCUCCGGAGCUGCUUGCGCGUUGACCCGGCGCAGCGCCCGUCCGCGGCGGAGCUGCUCAAGCACCCCUUCAUGACCUACCCGUAUGCGAAGCACCUCCGCUGGAUGCCGCCGAUGUCCGCUACCGCGAAGCCCUCAGUUCUCAAGUCUUCAUGA